GAGGACACGGUAACACUCCUCGCCAGUACACCGCUGCCCACACUCACUCACACACGCACUCAUGCACUCACAACGAUACGAACUCGAGAAAGCCAGCACAAGCAAGCACAAGUCCUUAGCCUCAGAUUCUUCGUAGUGAUAGAAUGUGAAGGAUUUGGAACGUGGUGUUGAUGUGUGUGGUGAGUGGAGGGUUUUGUGAGUGUGGUGUUGAUGUGUGGUGGUGAUUUUUAAGUGCGUAAGUGCAAACUGUCUUAAAAACCUGGUUAAACAUCUUUGUUGUCUCUGAAAAUACUCGUGGUGAGAGAGAGACAGAGAGAGAGUGAGAGAGUGAGUGAGAGAGAGGGGCUUUUCAAAAUCCACUCCAGCAUGUCUUUGAAUAUGACUGCUGGCGGAGGCGAGGCGCGGGACAACAGCAGUGGUAGCAGCGGUACGGACCAAAAGCUACUGAUCUACAUGGUGCUGAGCCUGGCCACUGUGGCGGAGUGUGUGUUGGCGGGGCACCUCACCCUUACCAGCCACGAACUGAGGCGGCGGCGGGCCACACUCAUUUCCAUCUGCCUCGUGUUCACCAUCGGCAUAUUAUCGUCGCUGUCCCUGGUGUACGUGGUGGUGCUCCUCACUGUCCCGGGUGCCACCUACCGCUCCCCGGCCGGCUGCCGCGUGAGGGUGGCGCAGCGGUACUUGAGUGUGGUGUCCUGCUUCACCCUGGCGUGUCUCUCGUUGGACCGCUACCUGGCGAUCUGCUGGCCGCUGCGCUACCAGGACCUGCUCACCAAGACACGCUGCCACCUGCUGUGUGGUGCCUGCUGGGUGCUGCCUGCCCUGCUGCUGCUGCUGCCGUGUAUCCCAGUGCUGGGAACCAUGUGUGAGAAAAGCAGGACGGAGGAGUGCCUCUUGGUGGCGUACGUGGUUGCCUACACUCUCGGGGCCUUCGCUACCUUCGUUCUAUACGUGUUGGUGGCUCUUGAGUUCCGCCAGAACAUAUACUCCUGCAACAGUGCCAGCGCGCAAGCUACCGGCGACGCGCACAGCAGGGAGGUGGCGGUGGUGCGGCACAGGACGGCCAAGUCUGCCCUCACUGUGCUCAUGCUGUACACUGUGCUGUCCCUGCCACAUACGCUGCUUCCGGUGGUGGCGAGAAUACACAAAGGGUCUAUCCCAAAGGAGGUUCAGGAAAUUGGUUACCUGGUUCAUCGGUUCCACUUGCUCCUUUUCCUGCCGAUGUACGCUGGAACAAACGCCUUCUUUCUCGCCUCCCUCAGUGCGUGGGGGAAGCUCCUCUGGCGGCGGUGUAUCUGCUGGGGCGCCGCCUUCAGAGAGAUAGCGAGGAACGACAGCCACGACCCGCACGCCCACCAACACACACAGGAUGAUUUGCUAUAGCGUCAUGGAAAAAAUAUAACGAACCACUAACGAAAUAAAUAAAAUAAAUUAAUAUAUACAAAAACUCAAUGAUGGCAACACUCGUGACGUCAUCUGAGGGGUUGUGACGUCACUCAGGGAAGAUUACGUGACUUCUCCUCCUCCUCCUCUUCCUCCUCCUCCUCCUCCUCCUCGUCCUCCUCUUGUUAUUUGUACUUUUAUUAAUUCCUCUUUUCUUUCAUGUCAUAAAUAUUUCUGCUUUCUUCCUCUUCCUCCUUAUCUCCUCGUCGUCCUCCUCCUCCUCCUCCUCCUCCUCCUCCUCUUGUUAUCUGUACUUUCUUUAAUUCCUCUCUUCUGUCAUGCCUUAAAAAUAUUUCUUCUCUCUUUGCUCUCCUCUUCUUGCUCUUCUU